AUGAACGAAGACGCCAUCCAGGCCGCCCUCCGCCGGUAUCCGGAUGACCCGGUGGCCGCAUUUAAGUCCCUAGAUCCUGGAAGCGCUGCACUCCUCGCCGAACCCCGUCUGCUGCACGUCCGCGGAGAACCGAAGCCGGAAUGGAUGACCGAAGGCGACAAGAUGCUGCUGCGUCGGAGCGGGAAGAAGUUCAUCGACAUCACGGAGCAUGAGGAGUUCUAUGCGAAUCAGGUGCAUGCGUUGGCGGGCUCUGCGAAUUUGCCCGCCCUUAAACACCAAAGCCUCAUCAGACCCCUGUUUGACCGUGUCGAAAAAGAGCACAUGGAACAUACCCUCCGGCAUAUGACAAGCUACUAUAACCGGUACUAUGGCGGUAUUCAUGGCGAAAUGAGCUCUCAGUGGCUCUAUGAGCACAUUGCUGAGAUUAUCAAGCAAUCCCCGUUCCGGACCCACAUCUCGCUGGAGUACUUCACCCACUCGUUCCCUCAGUCGUCGAUCAUUGCGCGCUUCGAGCCCAAAGUCCGCAAUUUCUCCCUUCCUCUGACCAUCCUUGGCGCCCACCAAGAUUCAGCUAACUAUUUGUUCCCCCUCCUCCCAGCCCCUGGUGCUGACGAUGACUGCUCUGGUACCGUGAGUAUCCUGGAGGCGUUCCGCAUCCUAGCCAUGACCGGAUACACCCCCCAGAACGGACCGGUAGAGUUCCACUGGUAUGCUGCUGAGGAGGGCGGGCUGUUGGGCAGUCAAGCUAUUGCACGAUACAAGAAGGAGUCGGGUGCGACUAUCGGAGCGAUGAUGGAGUUUGACAUGACGGCCUUCAUUGCCCGUAACUCGACUGAGAUGAUCGGUUUUAUCGCGACCGAAGCGGAUGAGGCGCUGACAAACUGGACAGUCGGUCUGAGCCGGGAGUAUAUCUCCAUCCCGACCGAGGUCUAUGAACUUGCAGCUGGCGCCGGGUCGGACUACAUGUCAUACACCCAGCUAAACUACCCGUCGGCCUUCGCCUCGGAGGGCGAUCCGUUGGCAGGAGGGAAGUUCCCGGGGAACUUCGACCCCUACGUCCAUGGAGUAAAAGACAGGAUGGACGUCGAUGACGAAACAGGUUAUUUCUCUAUCGACCACAUGGCCCGAUUCACCGAGCUUGCCAUUGCCUUUGCGGUGGAACAAGCUGGAUGGGACAAUAAAUGGCGGUGA